AUUCCCGCGGGAAAAGUGAAAAAUAUAAAUUUCCGUUCGCAAAACUGUUCCACGAAGGCGUCUCCUGUGAAUCCAACGCCAGCGGAACGGUCCACGAGCUCCACCUAGACCUCUUCUCGGCCAGUUCUCCAAAACCAGAACUGUCAACUUGGACAGCGGCCGCUGUUUUCUGGUUUUUUGGUUGCGGAUUGCCCUCUCCUGUGCGGUGUUUGCGUAAAAAGAAUCUUCUUAACACCUGAUCCGUACAUCGCUGCUGGUUAUGGUGGCAACGCGAUCGUAAAUCUAGUUGAAUUCCUCAUCCCCACCUGUGAUCGAAGAAGGACACACAAUCUUAUCGGCAAAUCAGUGCCACCUCGACCGAGCGGCGGUGGGUGCGGCAAGUGAUUAUGAUUUCCUUCCCCGCAACGUUUGCCAUCAGCUACCACCACCGUUGUUGCUAAAGUUGCGCCUACUGAGGAAGGAUCCUCGGCGGUAACAAAACUAGCCUACUAGCCGAGCUAGCAUCGAAGUGACCAUGGCCACCGGACAUCCACUGCGGAUCGCUACGGCCGGUGUGCUGGCAGUGCACUGGCUCACGAUCGUCAUGGGUGUGGAUGUGGCAUCCGUCGCGCUGAAGUUGAUCGACGAAGAGGCGUGCUCGCAGCUGAAAACUCUCUGCCCAAAGAUUCCCGCCACCGCAGAAGACCUGAAAGCGCUCGAGUGCGUUCGGUCGCUGCCCACGGAUCAGAUCGAAACGCUCGGGCCGGAAUGUCAGCACCUCAUCUGGACGCACACUUCCGCCCUGAUGGACGAUGCCAAUCUGAAGCGCAUGAUUCAGCACGGUUGCCCCAAAGAUUUCGCCCAAUUCCCCUGUGAGCCUUCCGGUGAACCGGGCCAGUACCUUGCCUGCAUCAUCGAUCACCAUCAGGUUGCCAAGGGCAACGGGUGCAUCGGUUACAUUCAGCGGCUCGAAUGGGUAGCCUUUUCCGAUUACCGGCUCAUUCGCCAGUUCUUGACCGACUGUUCGCAGGACAUCGAGGCACUCGGGUGUGGCCGUGUCUCGGCCGGCAAGGAAAAGGUUUCGCAGGGCGAAACGGUAGCCUGCUUACAGAACUCACUGGACAAUCUGAAUGUUAAAUGCAAGCGACAGGUGCUGCACCUGUCGGAGGUCCAAUCGGAGGACUAUAAGCUCGACCGGCAACUGUACCUGGCGUGCGCCAACGAUGUCUUUCGCUUCUGCCAAUCACCGAACGGGCAGGGACAACCGGCGGGCCAGCUGUUGAAGUGUCUCGUCAAGCACCAGAACGAUGCGGACAUGUCGAAGGCCUGCCAGCAGCAGCUGAUCCGUCGCGAUCGGCUCGUGGUGCACGACUACAAGGUGUCCCGCGGGUUAACCCGUGCCUGUAAGGAAGACAUCAAAACGUACCGGUGCCGACGUGGCGUGUCCGACGAUAAGGAUGUACGGUUGGCGCAGAUUUUGCUGUGCCUCGAAGCGGUACAGAAGAACAGCACCAAGCUGAUGCCGGAGUGUGUGGCCGAGAUCAACGAUCACCGGCGGAUGCUGCUGACCGACUACAAGCUAUCGCCCGAAAUACUGACCGGGUGUGAGGGUGAUAUUGAGAAGUUUUGCAGCAACCUGGACGCUGGGGGGAAGACGAUCCACUGUCUAAUGGAGCACGCACGUGCCCGAAAGAAGAAGGAGCGCCGCGUAACGGAUAUCUGCCUGCGGGCACUGGAAACGCUGGUUAAGAUAACGGAUGUUGGUGAAGAUUGGCGCGUGGAUCCGGUGCUGCGAAAGGCCUGCAAACCGGUAGUAGACAUCGCCUGCUCCGAUACGGAUGGUGGUGAUGCUCGGGUCAUGUCGUGUCUGAUGGAGAAACUCGGUACGAACUACAUGAACGUGGAGUGUGAAUCGGCCCUGCUGCAGAUCCAGUACUUUGUGGCACGUGACUUCAAACUCGAUCCCCAGCUCUACCGGAACUGCAAGGAAGAUGCCAUACGAUUCUGCAAGGCGAAGAAAAGCUGGGCCGAUCUCGAUACGGCACAGAUGGAUCCGGAGCGUGGACCGCUCAUACUGCCCUGCCUGCACCGGUACGCGUACCCGGAACGGGACGAAGCGUUACGCUUACGGCCCGAGUGUCUGCAGGAGGUGAAGCGCGUGAUGCGACAGCGGGCAAAAGCGGUCGAUUUGAUACCGGAAGUGGAGGAUCAGUGUUUGGAUGAUCUGGCUUACUUUUGCUUCGACAAGACGGCCCGCGGUGAGGAGAUGCAGUGUUUACAGGACAAUCUGGAGAAGCUGCAGGAUCCGUGCAAGGCUGCCGUGUCCCGGUACACCGAGGAUGAAGCGGCCCACGUCGAACUGAACCCGAUCAUCAUGACCGUGUGUGGCGGUGCGAUGGAACGGCACUGUGCCAACAUCCUGAAGACGGGCCGGGACGAGGGCGAAAUGAUGGAAUGCUUGAUCGCGGCCAAGAACACGCCCGAGCUCAGGGACGACGUCAAGUGCCGGGCUGCCAUAGAGCAUUUUCAGAUCAUUUCGCUUAAAAAUUUCCACUUUACCUUCAAGUUUAAGGAAGCGUGCCGCCAGCACGUGUCCCGAUUCUGUAGCAAGUGCACCACCAAGUACGAGGUAGUGGCCUGCCUGAGCGAGGUCAUGCGGAAUGAUACGCUACGCGAGACAAAACACUCGAUACCGAAGGAAUGCCGCCAGCAGGUCCGUGCCCAGUUAUACCAGCAGCGGGAGAAUAUUGAUUUCGAUCCGAAACUGAAGGCUGCCUGCAAGGCCGACAUCGAGCGCCACUGUUCGCAAAUUCCGCACGGUUCGGGACAGGUGAAUAAGAACAAUGUAUUGGAAUGCUUGCAAACGCAUCACGGUGACCUGACGGAGGACUGUCAGCAUCAGCUGUUUGCGAUCAAGAAGUCGGAGCUUACCGAUAGCUCGACGGAUUACACGCUGCUCAAUACGUGCCGCGAUAUGAUUCGCCAGUAUUGCCACGAUACCGAGCAAACGAAGCUGCUGCAGUGCCUUAAGAUGCACAAGGACGAAUCACUGUUCGAUGAUCGGUGUCACCUGGUCGUUGUGAAUCGUAUGAUCGAGCAGAAUCUUGAUUAUCGCUUCAAUCCGGCGCUGCAAGCCGCCUGCUCGCGUAACAUCGCCGAGUUCUGUACCCAGAUCGUACGUAAUGCGCACCAGAAUGAGGAGCUGAACGGGAAGGUGAUCGAUUGUUUGAAGGGAAAGUUCCGCGAAGGCCGUCUGUUGCCUGAGUGUGAGAAGCAGAUGACGGAGGUGCUGCACGAACGGGCUCUGAACUACAAGCUGAACCCGUUGCUGCAGAGCGUUUGUCACGAUGAGAUACAGGUACUGUGCAGUGCACCGGUGGCCGAUACGGAGACAACGAACGAGGAUCACGGAGCCGUCGAGGAGUGCCUGAAGCAGGCGUUCACCGACAAGAAGCUCAUCAACAGGGCCUGCAAGGUGGAGGUGUCCGAGCUGAUACAGGAGGGCAAGGCGGACAUCUAUGCGGAUCCGUUGUUGCAGCGCGCUUGCUCGGUGGAUCUGCUAAAGUACUGUUCCCACAUCGAGAGUGGCAGCGGUCGACUGCUAAAGUGUUUGGAGGGAAUCCUGGAGGGCGAAAGUAAGGCACUGGAAGACGAUUGCAAGAGUAAGCUGUUGUCUCGGUUGGAGAUGUUCCGUAAUGCAGCAGCGUUUGUUCCCCCACCGGAAAGCAUCCAUCAGCUGUACGCUCAGGUGGUCAGUUCACCGUCCAAGCACUACUUCCUGCUGAUACUGCUGAGUUUCGUAGGUUUUGUGUUUCUCUUUGGGUUAUUGUGCGGCCGGGUCACACACCGGACGAUGGCAUUGAAGAACAAGUAGAAUCCGUGCCACCCUCCGCUUGGCUCGGUGCCUAAUGAAGCUGGUAGUUUUUCUUUCCCCAUUAAAUUUAACCCCUCCCCUAAUUGUGACUGUGUUACUUAUGAGUUAAAUCAGCAUAUCGGUUCUUCUAAAGGGGGAUCUACGGCAAAGAUUGUUUAGUGAUUGCUGCUGCCACAGUUUUAUGUGAUUUCUGUUCGCCGUAUGGCUCCCGGAACGGGUUCAAAGCAUCUUCUUUGUGCCUAGCGUUCUAUGAGCCGGCCUUUCUUUUAUAACAUUGGCUUUUCCAGAAACGUAUUACUUCUUUUGCGUGUCAGUAAACAAAAGAAAUGGCUGAAAGUGUUUCAAGAUCAGAUUCCUGGCCUGAACCGUGGAAAGUAGUGCGUUUUGACUGUUUUAUUAUUCAUCGCGAUCCGCGCGUUCACCCCUGCGCGCGCCACAAGAUUAGCAGCUACACAUUCUUCGUAUAGAUGAAUCAUAGUAGGCAAUUAAUAGCAGAACGAAAUGACAAGGGCGCCGUUUUGUAUUAUAUUAGUUAGAGCGUGUACAGAGUGCAAGAGCCAGGUUUUUAAGUGGCAUCGUCGUACGAGAAAAAUCAGAUCAGACCCGGUGAUCACCGUCACAGUCAGUGCAGCAGUAGCAGAACGCAAAAGCAAAAGCAGCAACCCCAGUUACAGGUGGGUUGAUUUUUUCCCAUAGUCAGGCAUGGAUGGGAAGAAAUAGCAACGACAUGAGCUCGAUGGUAGGACAUUUUAGUGAAACGUAAAGACUUUUUUAUAUAUACAUAGAGUGUACGUGACUGGUGCAUACGGAAACGAAAUUGUUACAGCGAACGAAGCGAUAUCAGCAUGCGUCCAUGCCUACAGAAAUAUCUACUUUGUGCAACAGGCUCGAUUAUGUCGAUAAAAUAAAUAAACAUCCAACGUGAGACAACUGUGGCGUUU